AUGAGAGCCCACCCCCUAUCCUCCCUCGACCUCCAAUCGCACAUGCGCAACUACGGCCGCUACAUCACCAUCUUCCCCUUCCCGUACCCUCACCGCGCCGACGCCGUAUAUCGCGCCCUGAUUCUCAACGCCGAGUUUGUGAAUAUGGUUAUGGGAAUGGGGCAUGAGGAACUCUCAGCAAAAUUCUUCGAUCCCUCACUACUCAUCCCAUCCUUCCUCCAGUACCACCACGGCCUCGACCCCAACGACUCCUACGCCACCAGCCCAACCCCCUUUUAUCAAAACACCCCUCUGCCAGUUGUGGCCACCUAA